CUUCUUCUUCGUAGAUCCAUCUAAUCUUUCACGGAUGUCGAUCGAACUAUAAAAAUAGAACCCUCCCAUCCGGUCUCACCUGAAAUCUUCUUGCGCUCUUGUUUGAUUGGUAAUGGCUCCUCCAGCACUGCCCCAGAAAUCUCCGUCUCCUUCCCAGCCGUCCGGCAAAGGAGAAGUCUCCGAUCUAAAAAUGCAACUCCGGCAGCAUGCCGGCAGUCGUGCACCAGGCACAGACGAUGCGAAGAGAGAGCUCUUCAAGAAGGUCAUUUCGUAUAUGACGAUUGGAAUCGAUGUAUCCUCUCUCUUUAGCGAGAUGGUGAUGUGCUCUGCCACAUCGGAUAUUGUUCUGAAGAAGAUGUGUUAUCUCUAUGUUGGAAUUUAUGCUAAAGGGAAUCCGGAUCUGGCGCUACUCACUAUCAAUUUCCUUCAGAAGGAUUGCCGUGACGAGGAUCCGAUGAUUAGAGGUCUUGCAUUGAGGAGCCUCUGUUCUCUGCGAUUGGCAAAUUUGGUGGAGUACCUGGUUGGCCCGUUGGGAUUGGGUUUGAAGGACAACAAUAGUUAUGUGAGGACGGUGGCUGCUAUUGGAGUUUUGAAGUUGUAUCAUAUAUCAGCAGCAACUUGCGUCGACGCUGACUUCCCCUCGACGCUUAAAGCUCUUCUACUUAAAGACCCUGAUGCUCAGGUAGUUGCAAAUUGUUUAUCUGCCUUGCAAGAGAUCUGGAGCUUGGAGGCUGCUACGUCUGAGGAAGCAUCUAGGGAGAGGGAAGCAUUGCUUAGCAAGCCAGUAAUUUAUUACCUUCUGAACCGGAUCAAAGAAUUCAGUGAAUGGGCACAGUGUCUUGUACUUGACUUGGUUGUUAAGUACAUUCCUUCGGAUAGCAAUGAGAUAUUUGACAUCAUGAAUCUACUUGAAGAUAGACUUCAACAUGCAAAUGGUGCUGUAGUCUUGGCGACAAUCAAGGUUUUUCUGCAUCUGACCUUGUCUAUGACGGAUGUUCAUCAGCAGGUAUAUGAGCGCAUCAAAGCUCCUCUGCUAACCCUAGUUAGCUCUGGAAGUCAAGAACAAUCUUAUGCUGUAUUAAGCCACCUGCAUCUGUUGGUGAUGCGUGCACCAGUGCUGUUUUCUUCAGACUACAAACACUUCUAUUGCCAGUACAAUGAACCAUCUUAUGUAAAGAAACUGAAGCUCGAAAUGUUGACUGCAGUGGCAAAUGAGAGCAACACAUAUGAAAUUGUGACGGAAUUAUGUGAAUAUGCUGCAAAUGUUGAUGUGCCCAUUGCAAGGGAGUCAAUUCGAGCAGUUGGGAAAAUAGCACUUCAGCAGUAUGACGUGAAUGCAAUUGUUGACAGGCUUCUUCAGUUUCUGGAGAUGGAAAAGGACUAUGUAACUGCAGAAACACUGGUACUUGUGAAGGAUCUUCUAAGAAAAUAUCCUCAAUGGAGUCAUGAUUGUAUUGCUGUUGUUGGGAAUAUUAGCAGCAAAAAUGUGCAAGAGCCCAAGGCCAAGGCAGCUCUUAUAUGGAUGUUGGGGGAGUAUUCUCAGGACAUGAUUGAUGCUCCUUAUAUUUUGGAAAGUCUCAUUGACAAUUGGGAUGAUGAGCAUUCUGCGGAGGUUCGCUUACAUCUUCUCACUGCUAUAGUGAAGUGUUUCUUUAAGAGGCCACCUGAGACUCAAAAAGCUUUGGGGGCUGCAUUGGCUGCAGGUCUUGCUGAUUCUCACCAGGAUGUUCAUGAUCGAGCCUUAUUCUAUUAUAGGCUUUUGCAAUACAAUGUAUCCGUGGCAGAACGUGUGGUGAACCCUCCCAAGCAAGCUGUUUCAGUUUUUGCUGAUACUCUAAGUAGUGAAAUCAAAGAUCGCAUAUUUGAUGAAUUCAACAGCCUGUCUGUCAUAUACCAGAAGCCUUCUUAUAUGUUCACUGAUAAAGAACAUCGGGGGCCAUUUGAGUUUUCAGAAGAUCUUGGAAGUUUGUCUGUCGGAGUAGAAUCAGCUGAUACUGUAAGUCCGGCCCAGAGAGUUGAAGCAAGUGACAAUGAUCUACUGCUAAGCACUUCAGAGAAGGAAGAAAGUAGAGGUCCUAGUAACAAUGGCUCUGCAUACAGUGCUCCUAUAUAUGAUGGUUCAUCUAUUUCUGUGGCUGCUUCGCAGAUGCAAUCAGAACCUACUUUUCAAAACCAAACUUUACCAGCAAAUACUUCACAGGCUAGCUUGGCUAUUGAUGAUCUACUUGGUUUAGGUCCUCCAGUGGCACCAGCACCGGCACCUGCACCUUCACCCCCUCCUUUGAAGCUUAAUCCUAGAGCUGUCUUAGAUCCAAGCACUUUCCAGCGAAAAUGGGGUCAACUUUCAGUAUCUAUAUCACAGGAAGUCUCCAUGGGCUCUGAAGGAACUACAGCUUUGAAAACACCUCAAGUCCUCCUCCGUCACAUGCAGGGCCAUUCCAUUCAUUGCAUAGCCUCAGGCGGUCAAGCUCCAAACUUUAAGUUUUUCUUCUAUGCACAAAACGCAGAGGAACCUGCAGCAUUCUAUCUGGUGGAGUGUAUCAUCAAUACGUCUUCAUCCCAAGCACAGAUAAAGGUCAAAGCUGAGAAUCAAAGCACAAUCCAUGCUUUCAGUGCUUUGUUUCAGUCAGCCUUAUCCACAUUGGGUAUGUCGUGACCAUUUUCUUUUUCUUACCUUUCAAUUUGCUCCUCCCUUCCUCUGAGCUCAGUGGAGAGCAGACUCUCUCAUUGUUGGGUAUUUUUCCAGUUUUGUUAAUCUUAUGGCAGUUGAUGUAAUUGCUUUCUCUUGAAGAAUCCUGAGCCCCCUUCUUUAGGUGAUUACAGAGAGGGGAAGGGGAAAAAAAGAGUGACAGAUAUUCUGUAUAUGAA